GAGGAAGGUGUUUGCCCGUUUCGUGCAAUCGUGCGGGAUGUUCUUAGCAUCGUUGAAAAUAUUUACAUACUACGCGCCGGGAAUGUGCGUUGCGAUGUACGGGUGCCGAUACACGUAGAAUCGUGUCGCGCACGUUGAACAAUAUUUCUCUCUCUUCAGAUAUACAGAAGGAAUUUGCAUAAGCGAUCAAAUUCGGAGCGUGAGAUCUAUUGCCGUGGAAAGGAGAAUACACGACUCUUUGUCGUUCGUCACCGUCUUCGAUGUGGUGAACGCUCGUGUUCUCCGGUGACAGAAAUAUACAAACUUGCCGGAGCGAGUGAGCGAGUAGGUCCUCGGAAGCAUAAAUGGCACUGCUAUUCACCAGCAUGUGGGACUCGACGAUGUUCCUGAGUACCCUAACCCCAAAAUUUUACGUCGCUCUCACCGGCACCUCGUCCCUCAUCUCCGGCCUGAUCCUCAUCUUCGAAUGGUGGUACUUCAGGAAAUACGGCACCUCGUUUAUCGAACAGGUAUCCCUGAACCAUAUCUCGCCAUGGAUCGGCGGCGGUGACAGCGCUAAUGACAGCAAUAGCUCGAGUCUGAACGGCUCCGGCGGAUCCUCGAAUCAGCAGAAUGUGCCGGAGUGCAAAGUCUGGCGCAAUCCGAUAAAUUUAUUCAGGGGUGCGGAAUAUCAGAGAUUUUAUUGGGCCACCAACAAGGAACCCCUUACGUACUACGAUAUGAAUCUGUCUGCUCAGGAUCAUCAGACCUUCUUCACUUGCGAGGGUGAUACAGGUAAAACAGAGUAUGAAAUUAUGCAAACAGCUUGGAGAGAACGCAAUCCAGUUGUCAGAAUACAAGCAGCGCAUAGUGCUCUUGAUCGUAAUCCCGAUUGUGCACCAGCUUACAUUCUUCUUGCGGAGGAGGAGGCUACUACCAUUGUAGAGGCGGAGAAGAUUCUGAAGCAAGCUCUAAAAGUGGCCGAAAACAAUUAUAGAAAAUCGCAAAAUACCCAGCACCAAGGCUCCAUAGCCGAAGCAAUGCACAGGAGAGAUACAAACGUAUUGAUCUACAUCAAAAGAAGAUUAGCGAUGUGCGCGCGAAAGUUGGGAAAGCUGAAGGAGGCAGUGAAAAUGUUUCGCGACCUCACGAAGGAGGUGCCACCCAUCAUGAAUGUAUUGAAUAUUCAUGAAAAUUUGAUCGAGACUCUACUGGAGAUGCAAGCGUACGCGGACGUGCAGGCCGUGCUGGCCAAGUACGACGACAUCAGUCUGCCGAAAUCAGCGACCAUCUGUUAUACAGCGGCGUUGUUGAAGGCACGGCUGGUGGCGGACAAGUUUUCGCCCGACAUCGCCAGCAAACGUGGCUUGACCACCGCCGAGAUGUCGGCGGUGGAAGCGAUUCAUCGGGCCGUGGAAUUCAAUCCUCAUGUACCUAAGUAUCUCUUGGAAAUGAAGCCGCUCAUCCUCCCACCUGAACACGUGCUGAAGCGUGGUGAUUCCGAGGCGAUUGCAUACUCGUUCUUCCAUUUAGCGCACUGGAAGCAGAUAGAAGGCGCUUUGAAUCUGCUUCAUUGCACAUGGGAGGGCACGUUUAGGAUGUUGCCAUAUCCGCUCGAGCGUGGACAUCUGUUCUAUCCGUAUCCCACAUGUACCGAAUGUGCCGACCGGGAACUCCUGCCGUCGUUUCACGAUGUCAGCGUCUACCCGAAGAAGGAGCUCCCCUUUUUCAUCCUCUUCACCGCCGGUCUGUGCUCGUUCACCGCACUGUUAGCCUUGCUGACCCAUCAAUACCCGGACACUAUGGGCGUAGUUGCCCGUUCCAUGCUCGCCUGGUUCUCUCAUCCAUUUUAUUACAUUCUCGACAAACUGGAAACUAUAUUGCCCUCUAAUUUAUUGCAGCAGCUCUCUAGAAUAUAAUAAGGCUGUGUUUCCAUAUGAUCUCCAUUAAAUUAAGAUUUAUUGUGAUAUUCGCGAUAUACUUAUUGCUUCAUUUCUUCUAUCUCUUCGUAGUCGCCCCCAUCAGGUACGUAUAUAAAUAAACAAAUGUGUACAAGCUCCUGUUUGCAUUUUUCUCAUGACUGAUAUCAUAAUAUCUUGUAGCGACGAUUGUACAUCUAGUACCGUAAGUUCAUCGAAAAGUGAAUGUAAAAGUAAAAAAGAAUUAGACAUUUUUUUCUCGAUAGCUCAUCAAUCACACACACACACACACUAACAUUAUAUCAGUACUGAUACCCGACGAUACAAAUUUGUGUGAAACAAUAACUGGGUGCUAAAUAAACUCUUUUUGUUUUAU